AUGAAUGCCGAUACGGUUCCCGACUUCCUCGCUGAGCAGCGCGAUGCUGCCCCAGAGGAACUACAGCCGCUGAUACUCGACUUCGAAAGUUAUUGGGAAAGGAAGCUUUGGCACCAGCUUACCGAUGCACUGGCCCAAUUCUUCAGCGACGAUGGUAGCGCCCCGCAGCGCCUCGCCUUUUAUAGGAUCUUUAUUCUCAAGUUCGCCGACAAAAUCAACAAGCUGAAGCUGGUAGACUUGGCGCUGAAGGCUGCAUCGCAAUACAACCGCGAGCGUCUCGAGUUCCUCCAGUCCGUUGUGAAGAAGGUCGAUACCGAAGACUCGAAAGACGCUCUUGUUUUUGCAUCUGUCGCAGUGGCGCAGGUUAAAUUAAGCUUGAGUGAACUUGAUGAGGCGAGAAAAGAUUUAGAUGCAGCUGAACGGAUCCUUGACUCGUUAGAUUCGGUGGAGGUCAUUGUCCACGCCGCUUUCUACGACGCAAACGCCAGCUACUACCAGGCAAGUAAUUCUGCACACUAUCAAGUCACUUCCUGGUACUACGAGCCUCUAACCUCUUUACAGAGGAAGAUGGAUUUUGCCAACUACUACAGAACCGCUUUGUUGUACCUGGCAUGCAUCGAUCUGUCAACCAUGUCCGAAGAUGAACGCCAUCGCCGAGCGUACUAUUUGAGCGUCGCCGCUUUGGUGUCCAACAGCAUUUACAAUUUUGGCGAGCUUCUCCUUCACCCAAUUUUGGAUGUCCUAGCACAGAGCGAGGAUGAUUCCUGGCUACGCGACCUUCUUUUUGCUUACAACCGCGGUGACUUGGCUGCGUACGCGGCACUUUCCGACCACAUCGCGUCUAACAAGCUACUGAGCGAGAACUCGACCCAUUUGAAGCAGAAAAUAUAUCUGGCUGCUCUGACGGAAGCAGUUUUCCGACGUCCUCCUCAUGACCGGGCCAUGUCAUUUGCCACAAUUUCGCAGGAGACCAAGGUCCGACCGGAUGAAAUUGAACACUUAAUUAUGAAGGCUCUCAGCUUGGGCUUGCUACGGGGAACAAUCGACCAAGUGAAUGGAGUAGCUCAGAUUACGUGGGUGCAGCCAAAGGUGCUCGAUAUGAAGCAGAUUGGAAGCAUGCGCCAGCGCCUGCUCGACUGGGACUCCAGUGUAAACCAGCUGGGCAACUGGAUUGAGAAGGCCGGCAAGGAUGUAUGGGCGGCAUAA